AUGAAUUCCAACCCCACUGGCUAUCCUACUACCAUGCAGCAGCAUGCUAAUCCCAUGUUGGCUGCCACUGCAGGCUAUCCUGUCCAGCCCGGAAAUCCAAACAAUCAACAGUUCCCCUACUAUGCUGCCAACCCGAUGGCUGCCUAUCCGCCGCAAAUGCAACAACCGUCGCAGGCACGUCCCGGCCAGAUGCAACAACAUUCCUUCAACCCCAUGCAGAUCCAAACCUCCGGCCCUGGUGGAGCUAUGAUGCCGGCUAACAUGGUUGCUCCGCAUGCCAACAUGGCUUACUCUUCGGCUUCUCCCUACCAUCCGACUGCCAUUCCGACUACUUCUGCCUCACCCGCGCACACUCAGAGCCCUGCCACCGCAGCAACUGUCUCGAUGCAGAUGCCAUCACAGAAUAUGACUGCUGUUUCCAAUCCUGCAAUGCUGCUUGCCCAGCAACAGCAACAGCAACAACUACAACUACAAAUGCAGCAGCAACAGCAGCAGCAUCAACAACAACAACAGCAGCAACAACUUCAACAGCAGCAACAGCAGCAGCAACAACAACAACAACAACAACAACAACAACAACAACAACAACAGCAAAGAGCAACCCCACAGGCGAACCAGACACCACCCCAGCAACAGCAGCAAGCAGCUCCCCAGUCUCCUGCCGCUGCUGCUCGUGAGCGAGCUCGCGUCACUGCUCUUCUUGACAUCAAUUCUGCGCUUUUACAGGAACUCCUCAAUCUCCAAGCUGCAGGCAAGUCUGGUGGUGCCCCACAAGCACCUUCCACAACAACACCCGAGCAGUCAUCAUCACCAGGGUCGGCCACAGAGCCGGCGAGCACCUCAAGUGACGCCCCGAGGAAACCCAGUCAGGAAUAUGUAGAGUGCUUGAAGCGCCUACAAAGCAACCUAGUCUAUCUCGCCUCUGUUACUGACCGCAGCAAGAAACCAGUCUCAUCGGCUCCGGCCAUUCUUACUCCCCCGCCGCAUAUGGGCAAUCUCAACGAGCAGUAUACGAAAUUGAAUGAGCUUUUUGCCGGUAUUCCUCGACCUUCUGUAGCACACCAGCAAAGGCCUAGCCAGUCAGGUGUGGCUGCCGAGACUGCUGUGUGA